UAUAUUGUUUGGACACAAGAUUAAUUAUUAUGUUGUUUGGAAACAUAGAUAAUAGUGUAAUAUUAUUUCCACAAUUACUUUAUAAUGAAAGGGUAUAUUUAAUUUAAAAUGCUACAAAAAAGGUUGGGUCUAAGAAAAUAUUUCAUUUUUAAUAAGAGUGAUAUAUACUCAUUUAUGUAACUGUAACCAAUUCCAUAUACGACUGGUCUUUCGUUUGAACCAUAAUCCUAUGGCCAUUACAUAAUCUGGCUCUAAUACCAUAUUAGUGAUGAGCCUAACUCAUACCCAAAAGCUAGUUCAUGAGUUGAUGAUUGUUCAUACACGUAUAUAUUGCCCAAAGACUGUUUGCCUAAGCGAUGUGCGACAUUUAAUAAGCCUCAUCAGAAUACCACAUCAAUAUAGACCACUACAUAGGCAUGAAACUGUUUUUGUUGGAAAUCAUAUGUUGGGCUAAGUCAUGGACUCUGAUAAAAGUUAAAUGGACUUCUAACCUAAAACCAAUUGGUAGUAAAUACACUGGUUCAAGUCCAUUAUAUAUUACUCAAGUAUUUUACAUAUUUUCAAUACGGAUCUUCUCUCCAAUGUCAAUAACAGAAGAUAUCUCAGCUCCUACGGUAUUAGUGAUGAGACUGUUUACCUAAGCGAUAUGCGACAUUUAAUAAGCAUCAUCAGAAUACCACAUCAAUAUAGACCACUACAUAGGCAUGAAACUGUUUUUGUUGGAAAUCAUAUGUUGGGCUAAGUCAUGGACUCUCAUAAAAGUUAAAUGGACUUCUAACCUAAAACCAAUUGGUAAUAAAUACAUUGGUUCAAGUCCAUUAUAUAUUACUCAAGUAUUUUACAUAUUUUCAAUACGGAUCUUCUCUCCAACGUCAAUAACAGAAGAUAUCUCAGCUCCUACGGUAUUAGUGAUGAGACUGUUUGCCUAAGCGAUGUGCGACAUUUAAUAAGCCUCAUCAGAAUACCACAUCAAUAUAGACCACUACAUAGGCAUGAAACUGUUUUUGUUGGAAAUCAUAUGUUGGGCUAAGUCAUGGACUCUCAUAAAAGUUAAAUGAACUUCUAACCUAAAACCAAUUGGUAAUAAAUACACUGAUUCAAGUUCAUUAUAUAUUACUCAAGUAUUUUACAUAUUUUCAAUACGGAUCUUCUCUCCAACGUCAAUAACAGAAGAUAUCUCAGCUCCUACGGUAUUAGUGAUGAGCCUGUAUAAGAUUAGAUUAAUGUUAUCCAAUGAUUACUUAUAUAAGAAAUCUUAAAGCUAAGAGAGGUGUUGUUCAAUAUAUACAACUUUUACUACAAGUGGACAAUUAGAAUUAGUGUUUAAGCUCCAAACGUUAUACUAUUCCUGUUAUAAUUAAUAAAAUAAUAUUCUGAUGAUAGUUUACCCCUAUAUAAUAUAAAGCCAACUAUCAGAUGACAUCUUAUAAAACAGUUUCUCAUAGAAGAGACUGAAUCUCUCGUGCGGGAGACCUCUUCUUCAGUGCUAUAUCUUUCCUAUUCCUUCUCACUUUUUAAUUUGUUUUGAUAUUUUUAUUAAGAGAAACUUGCUUAGAACUUCCAAGUUACGUUUGUUAUUAUUAUUUUCUUGACCUCCUCUCGAUCGUUUUUCCUUCUGAUAAUUUGAAUUCACUGUAUCGUUCAUACGAUUUAAGUAAUGUUUUACUGAGUCUGGACCACUGUUGAAGUCUUUCAUUGGCUAAAGUUUGAAAGGUCAACAACGUACUGCUCACUGUUUUGAUUGGUCUACUUAUACCUCAUAGAUUUAUUCUGAAUCUGUAUCUCAAAGGUCUCAGUGAACUUUUUCUUUGUUUUGUGGGUUUGACUCGAGUUUUGAUCCUUUUCUUAUUUAUUUUUUUCCUCCGAAUUUUUGGUGCAUCAUUCGGUUUAUACCGAGACCAAUGUCAAUGGAAGGGUCAAGUAACGCUUCUUUGAGGGUAGUGUUGUUACAUGGUAACUUAGACAUUUGGGUGAAGGAAGCUAAAAAUCUUCCUAACAUGGAUCGUUUCCGGAGGUACAAGAAGAACACUACAAGUGAUCCUUACGUGACUGUCUCUAUCGCAGAUGCAAAGAUUGGCACAACUUUUGUGAUCGACAACGAUGAGAAUCCUGUGUGGAUGCAGCAUUUCUAUGUACCGGUGGCUCACCAUGCUACGGUGGUUAAGUUUGUGGUGAAAGACAAUGACCGCUUUGGAUCAAGGUCCAUAGGAGAUGUUAGAAUCCCAACCGAGGAGUUGUGUUCAGAGAAUAGGAUCGAAGGGUUGUUUCCAAUACUUGGGAAGCCAUGUGAAGAGGGUGCUGUGUUGAGUUUGACUAUUCAAUACACUCCAGUGGAAAGGAUGAGACUUUACCAAACGGGUGUUGGUUAUGGUAAUGAGUGUGAAGGAGUUCCCGGUACAUACUUCCCCUUGAGGAAAGGCGGUAGAGUUACUUUGUAUCAAGAUGUUCAUGUUGAAGACGGGACACUUCCGAGAGUGGAUCUCGAUGGUGGAAUGCAGUAUAUACAUGGAAAGUGCUGGGAGGAUAUGGCUGAUGCGAUUAGACAGGCAAAGAACUUGAUUUAUAUCACAGGAUGGUCAGUUUACCAUCCGGUUAGGCUGGUUCGUCGCAAUAAUGAUCCGACCAAUAGUACAUUAGGGGAUUUGCUUAAAGAAAAAUCUCAAGGUGUUAGAGUGUUGCUAUUGGUGUGGGAUGAUCGAACUUCAUGGAACUUUCUGGGGCACAGAACAUGCGGAUUAAUGAAGACAAAUGAUGAGGAGACUCGCCAUUUUUUCAAGAACUCGUCGGUGCAAGUUAUUAUUUGUCCUCGAUCUUGUGGGAAAGGUCUUCACAGCUUUGUAAAAAAAACUGAAGUUAAAACUUACUACACACAUCAUCAAAAAACUGUGAUUGUAGAUGCUGAUGCAGCUCAGGGCCGAAGAAAGAUCGUAGCAUUUGUUGGAGGGCUAGACGUGUGCAAAGGACGUUUUGAUACUCCUAAGCAUCCUCUCUUUACGACAUUAAAGACUCUCCAUAAAGAUGAUUUCUAUAACCAAUGUUUUGGGACUACUGAUGAUGCUGGGCCAAGACAACCGUGGCAUGAUCUGCACAGCAAGAUUGAUGGUCCUGCAGCGUAUGACGUGCUUGCUAAUUUUGAACAGCGCUGGCUAGAGGCUUCAGAGAAACGGCACAGGAUUUCGAUACACAGAUCAUCUUCUAAGGAUGCCUUGCUUACGAUUGACAUAAUUUCAAAUAUCAUGGGACUAUUAGAAGCUACUUCUGUUAUUGAUAAUGAUCCAGAGUCCUGGAAUGUUCAGGUUUUUCGUUCCAUUGAUUCAACCUCAGUUGAAGGGUUUCCAAAAGAUUCAAAGGAAGCUAGUGCAAGAAAUCUUCAAUGUGGGAAGAAUUUACUCAUAGACAUGAGCAUACACACGGCUUAUGUUAAGGCGAUAAGAUCUGCUCAGCAUUUCAUUUACAUUGAGAACCAAUACUUUUUUGGAUCAUCCUUUAACUGGGAUUCACAUAAAAAACUUGGUGCUAAUAAUCUAGUUCCUAUGGAAAUUGCGCUUAAGAUUGCUAAUAAAAUUAGGGCAAGAGAAGAUUUUGCUGCUUAUAUUGUCAUUCCGAUGUGGCCGGAAGGUAAUCCAACGAAUAUAAUUGUGCAGAGCAUUUUACACUAUCAGUAUAAAACCAUGCAAAUGAUGUAUCGAACUAUCUACGAGGCACUUGUGGAAGCUGGACUUGAUGGUCAGUAUGUGCCACAAGACUAUUUGAACUUCUUCUGUCUUGGAACCCGAGAGGCUUCUGAUGAAACAGUUAGCAAACAUAGUUCUCGGAAUCAACCUAAGAAAAAUGCAAAGCCGAAUGCCGCACAGGCGCAACCAUUGAAGAGUGGAAGAUUCAUGAUAUAUGUUCAUUCCAAAGGUAUGAUAGUGGACGAUGAGUUUGUCUUAAUUGGUUCUGCGAACAUCAACCAGAGAUCCUUGGAAGGAUCUAGAGAUACCGAAAUUGCCAUGGGAGGAUAUCAACCACACCAUUCAUGGGCUAAGAAAGGUUCUCGUCCUCGUGGUCAGAUCUUUGGAUACAGAAUGUCGUUGUGGGCAGAACAUCUAGGGUUUCUAGAGGAAAUUUUCGAAAAGCCAGAGAACAUAGAAUGCGUGAGACGAGUUAGGAGAUUGAGUGAGCUUAACUGGAGACAGUAUGCAGCAGAGGAAGUCACAGAGAUGACAAGUCAUCUUCUUAAGUAUCCAGUUCAUGUCGAUUGGACAGGCAAAGUGACUUCUCUUCCUGGAUGCGAGACAUUCCCAGAUCUAGGUGGCAGGAUUAUAGACUCAGGUUUUGUGAUCAAAGAAAACCUCACCAUCUGAAACUUACCUUAUCAAUGCCAAUGUGAAACAUUUCUUGCUAUUUCGUGGCGAUAAUAAGAACUGAUUCAAGGGUAAAACCUCUCUAACCCAGAGGAAUCUGAAUAUAUGUGCAUCGCAUUUUAUGUUGUUCCUGGCUUUUGCUUGUAUGCUUUUGUUUUUUUUUCCCGUCUGGUUUGUUGAUUUCUCUUGUAGGAUUGUGACUCCUUUUAAAUUAAAUAAGGUCUACGUCAGGUAGAAUUGUCAUGUAAUCAAAUCUAGAGUCAAUUUUUGAUUUGUGUAUUUUUAAGUUUGUAAUUGUAAGAAUAUGUAAGUUUAAGUUUUAAUUGUGAAAAUGGUUAAGAGA